CUGUCACGGGCGUAGCUGGAUGCUGGGUUGUCUCUCUCUCUCGUGCGCGCGCGUGUCGCAGGGAGGUGCUUCCUUUUCUUCUUCCUCUUCCUCCUAACCUCGUCCUGCGUCGUUUUUUGUAAUCGUUCACGGACGCCGGUGGCUACGGAUAUCGUUACAUCCGAAAAACGAGAAGAAGAAAAGGUGCCGGAGAAAAGGGAGGCCGAACGUGAAAGCUUUCCUGCCGGUUGGUGAGAGAGGGAGAGACAGAGCGAGAGAGAGAGAGUGUGUGAUUGGGGGGAUGAAAUAGAGAAGGGUUGAGAAGGAAAGUCAGAGAGAAAGAGAAAGGGGUAACCGGUAAAACGAGAAACAGAGAGAUGGGUGAGAGAGAAAUAGACAAGUAACGAGGAAUAACGAGGAGCACAGAUACGGAAGGAAGCUGUACGGGAGGGGAGGAGGAGAUGUGUUGAAGUGUGUUCUGUGUAUAUAUGGUGCAGUGCGGUGCUGUGCUCGAGAGAGAGAGAAUGGCGUGGUCGGAUUUCGCGUGCACCUUGCCGUGACGUCGAAAGUCGGCACUGAAAGGGUUGGGUGCUAAGCCGAGGAAUGGAGGGAACGUGGCAGUGGGAGCAGCGAAAGCACUGCCAUAUCAUUCUGCUCAACCUUUCGUCGCACGUAAAGGAAAACCCGGAACAGGCUGCAGAUGAAAGGAAGAGGUUUCAAGAAGACAGCCUGAAGAAGAGGAGUCGCGUGCCGGGUCUGUAGCGCUCGGUAAAGAGAAAAAGGGCCCCCCGAGCAUCGUCUGUGAGAAAAAGGGGUCGUAAUGGGCCCGGCACACCAAAUGGUACCCCACUGAGCGAUGCAAGUAGUUAGGGCCGGGGCCCUGCUAGUGAGCAUGUGGCUCACUAGAGAAUGAAGAAGCAAAACGUCCGGACCAUAUCGUUGAUCGUCUUCACGUUCACUUACCUCCUCGUCGGCGCUGCAAUCUUCGACGUUCUCGAGUCCGAGACGGAGAAACGACGCAAGGAAGCAUUGGACGCCAUUGAAAAGAUGGUUAUACGCAAGUACAAUAUUAGCGAGGACGACUUCAAGAUCAUGGAAACAGUGGUGCUGAAGACGGAACCUCAUAAAGCCGGUCAACAGUGGAAAUUCGCCGGAGCGUUUUAUUAUGCAACCACGGUCCUCACCACUAUUGGUUACGGACAUUCAACGCCAAACACCAUAAGCGGUAAGCUGUUCACGAUGUUCUACGCGAUCGUCGGCAUCCCGUUAGGACUCGUAAUGUUCCAGAGCAUAGGAGAGCGUUUGAAUAAAUUCUCAUCCGUCGUAAUACGGAACGUAAAGAAGCUUCUUAACUGUAAGGAUGUCCAGGCCUCAGAAAUAAAUCUAAUCUGCGUGGUGACGACCUUAUCUUGCUUAACAAUUGCGGGAGGCGCAGCAGCGUUUUCUAGAUACGAAGGAUGGUCGUAUUUCGAUUCCAUCUACUAUUGCUUCAUCACACUGACAACCAUCGGUUUCGGCGACAUGGUCGCGUUGCAAAAGGACAACGCGCUCGACAACAAGCCCGAAUACGUGAUGUUCGCUCUGAUAUUCAUCCUGUUCGGUUUGGCUAUCGUCGCUGCCUCCCUCAAUUUAUUGGUGCUGAGAUUUGUCACAAUGAACACCGAGGACGAAAGGCGAGACGAGGCUGAAGCUCUUCAGGCUGCGCAAGGAGCGGUGCGCCUGGAGGGCGACGUGAUAACGGCGAACGGCUCGAUAUUAUCGGGCCAAGUAGGAAACCACGGUGACACGAUAUCGUUGGACGACGAGACGUCGGUCUGCAGCUGCCGCUGCAGCGGAUUCCAGAAGAAACGACGGAGACCACGGUUCACGGUCCGUCGCUCGCCCGGUAAGAUCUCGCACCUGCUGCCGAUGCAGCAGCUGCCAACUUUGAAUAUGCGCAGUGACCUACGCCCGCCCCCGUUGACGCCGUUGCUGCAACUGCCGCCGUUGCAUCAACAUCGCGCCAGCAUCUGACGAUCGUCGACCGCCGUCGGAACUCUGCUGAUACAACUGCCGCGACGGGUGUCCAUCUGAGGCUCCUUUGUUUCAGAUGUAGAGACAAACUGAUUGAUUAUGAUGAGACUCGAAAGAGAGAGCUUUUUGUCGGCGAACGCUUCAACGAAUUUUUAACCCUCUGUACGCUCUCAGGGACGGAUUCAGAAGCACCCCUUUGGGGGGUGUAAAAUUAUAUACAUUUUUAUUUUCAUCUACGAUUUGAAAUUUUAAUCGAUUGAUUAAUUUCGUGUUAAAAAUGAGACGAUUAUAAAUAAUUUAAUUUAUUUUGUUAGAAGAAUAGAAAUAUGGAAAUUGAAAUAGUGGGGAAAGUAGUUUUAUUUUGCAAUGUAAAUUAAUUUGUUUUUGAAAUUUAUAGUAGUAAGUUUUUGAAAAGGGUGAUUGCACCCCUCUGGAUUCGCCCCUGGCGAUUCACCGCCUCCCCUUCCAGCAACCGCAGUUAACCGUGCCGUAAAUUAUCUAUGGAUUCUACAUAUGGGAACUGUAAAUCUAACCGGUUCUCGUUUCUAUUUAUCUGAAUUAGAGUUUUUGUAGACUGUAGAUCGGAGGGUGAGGGUAGUUGAAUGAUAAAUGAGGAAAUUGUAAAUUCUUGAUGAUUAACCCUCUGAUAGCAGGUACUCGGUCAUUUAGGGCCGAGAUUUAGAAGGGUAUCCUUAUUUCCAAAUGAAGGAAAGUAUUGUUUUAGACAUUUUUUUGAUACAUGGUUAUAGGAAGAUUUUUUGGAGUUUUAGGAGAAGAUUAAAUUUUUUUGGUAACAAAAAUAUCCUCGUGAUUAUUGUUUCUUUGUAAAAAUAAAAAAUGGUACGGUUAUAGCGGAAUGUCGCAGAGGUGACAAGAUUCAACUUAAACGCCCUACAAUCGUCAUAAUUUAAACUCGCGUCGAAUACACAAUUUGAUAGAAAUCAUCAAUACCAAAAAAUAUGUGAUCACCAAGUGAUAGAUUGAAUCGAAAUGCUAUUUUCAAGAAAUAAUUUGGAAAACUGUAAUAGUCUAAGCUAAGCGUAUUCCAAAAAGGACGGAAUCCAAGUGCUUCCGAUUAUUUCUACUCGUUCUUACAAUAUUUUCGACAAAUCACAUCCCCUUCACUUGACACCAUAACAUUCCUCAAAAACGGUACAAUCUUCCAUUUUCAUUAUUUUGAUAUAAGAAAAUCAUGAAAUCUUGUCACUGACGCGAUCAAGCGGUGAACUGAUUCUCAGAAGCAGAUGUUAUGCAUGUACAAAGGAAAAGAAAGGGUGUGCGAGUGAUCAUGUGUUCCGUAGCCAAGAAGAAUUAAUAAAAAAAAGCACGAGAGAGAGGGAGAGAAAGAGAAUGAGAAACACAGAGAAAUACUAUAUAUAUGUGCAGAGUAUCUCAAGAAUGGUUGUAUCUCAUGAAGAAUGUAAAUUCUACAUGUUAAAACGAAUCGAAUCAUUUUGUAAUCUCAAGCUUUGUUUCCAAGAUACAAGCGAUUAAAGAUUAGACGCUGGAAGCACCCCGGAAGUCGAGGAUUCCAUUCUUAAUUUCUUAAAUUUCAAAACCUAUACUGAAGAUUGCAAAAAUUUAUUAAAAUUUUUUUAGUCGUUUUAAUAUGAAAAAUGUAGUGCUUGAAAUUUGGGUAUUUGACUUCCGGCUGGCCAUGAGCGCCCCGUAAAUUGAAGAUUCAACUUUUUUUAUAGCUAAAAAUUGGCAAACAAUAAAAGGGUUUUCAAUUUAUCAGAACAUGUAGAAUUUUUAGUUAAAUUAAAAAUUGGGUAUUUGACUUCCGGUCUACCGCGAGCACCCCGGAAGUUGAACCUCUAAUCUUCAAUCGCUUGUAUCUUGAAAACGAAGCUUUCGAUCGCAAAAUGACAAAGGACUUUUCGACUCAUUUUAACACAAAGAAUCUCCAGUUUUCAUGAUGUACAAUUCUGAGAUACUUCGUAUAUAAAACCAGAGCGAAAUCUGCGUUCACACUGCUAAGAAAGAGAGAGAAAUAUAUAUAUAUAUAAAUAUAAAUAAAAAUAUAUAUAAAUAUAUAUACACACCAAAAGACAUAUACACAAGAUGAACACGACUUUUUUCAUUAAGAAAGCAUUUUACAAUUUGUAUAUAUGAACUAUAGAUAUAUUACACGUACGAGAAAAAUCUAGGUGUACGGAAUUAAGGCGUUUCGAUCUUAACGAUGUGUAUAAUAAUACAUAACUUGCGAGAUAACAUUAUACUAUUAUUAUUAUUAUUAUUAAUUAAUUACGUGAGUGCGCGGGUACGUGACAAAUCCCAUUCUCGAUUUUCCAUUUACUACCGUUUAAUUAAAUAAAUCCAGAUCGUUUGAGAGAUCGUGGCCGUAACUACCGUAGAAUUCUAGCUACCGUAGAACUCGUCACGCACGAAUGCUCGAUCAGGAAGAUUAAAUUUAAACAAAAAAAAAAAAAAAUAAUAUAUAUAUAUAUAUAUACACGUAUAAAUAUAUAUAUA